GUUUGCUCGUCACUUCAAGCUGCUGCUUUUAAACCUCGCAAACUUCACAGAUAUGGCAUCGGCCAGCUCUCUGCUGUCAGAGGAGAGGUUACUGUGUUCCAUCUGUCUGGACGUGUUCACAGACCCAGUCACGAUCCCGUGUGGACACAACUUCUGCAGCACAUGUAUCAACACGUACUGGGACAGCGGGGACACUUGCCAGUGUCCGAUGUGCAAACAGAAAUUCUCCACAAGACCUGAACUCCGAGUCAACACUGUCAUGUCAGAGUUAGCUGUCGUGUUUAAGAAGUUGGUUCCAGUCAAAGCCUCAACUCCAGGCCCACAGCUUCCUGCGGUUGACGUACUUUGUGACAUCUGCUCUGAGAUAAAAGAAAAGGCCGUUAAAUCUUGCCUGACCUGUCUGACUUCUUUCUGUGAGUCACACCUGGAGCCGCAUCGCAGAGUUGCUGGGCUCAAAGGCCACAAAUUAUUAGAGCCAGUGAAGAAUCUCGACGACAGGAUGUGCAAGACACACAACAAGAUGACAGAGCUGUACUGCUUGAAGGAGCAGGCCUUCAUUUGCCUCCUGUGUUUAAAAGUCGAUCACAAGGGUCACAACGCUGUCCUCCUGGAAGAGCAAUAUGAAAAAGUGGUAGCAACAAAAGACAAGGCCCAGGAAAACAUCCAGAAGUUGAUACAGACACGGAUUGAGAAGAUUACGGAGGUUGAAAAAUUUCUCAAUGUCAGCCCAGUAGAUUCUGAAAAAGAGAAACAAGCCGCCGUGCAGGUGUUCACCGAGUUGAUCCAGUCCAUUCAGGCGAGCCAGGCCGAGCUAGUUGAGGCGAUCGAGCAGAGGCACAGUGCAAUAAAGCAAAAGGGUGAAGAGUUUCUCAAAGAACUGAGGAGGGAAGUUACUGAGCUCAAGAGCCGAAGCAGUCAGCUGGAACAUCUGUCACAGUCAGAGGAUCACUAUCAUUUCCUCCAGAGCUUCCCGACCUUGUCCAUACCUCCACACAAGAGCUGCCCCGACACAGAUCUCGGCCCUGACCUGUCUUUCCAGGCAACGCGAGGACACCUGACUCGGCUGAAACAGAGAGUCGAUGAAAUAAUGGAAGAGAUUCCUGAGAUCAGAAUGAAAAGAAUGAGAGAGCACGUGGUCGACUUGACCCUUGACCCCGACACUGCGUUUUACUCACUUGUCAUCAGCGAAAACGGAAAACAAGUUACAGAAGAGGAUGAAGAAACCGACGAAGACAGCAGUGAAGAGGAUGAAGAUACCGACGAAGACGACAGUGAAGAGGAUGAAGAUACCAACAAUCCAAAGAGAUUUCUUGCAUCUUGUCAGGUUUUGGCAAAAGAGGGAUUCACGACAGGAAUGUUUUACUUUGAGGUGCAGGUGAAAGGAAAGACAAGGUGGAUCGUUGGCGUGGUCAGGGAGUCGGUGGAAAGAAAAAAAAAGAUAUUGGAGACAGUUAAGAGUGGAUUUUGGACCUUUUUAUUUGAUGAGGGCAGAUAUGAAACAUCUGCAGACUCAAAACGUAAAAUAUUGAAAGAAGAGCUUCAGAAGUUGGGCGUCUUUGUAGACUACAACAAAGGUGAGGUGUCUUUUUGCAAUGUAGACUCUAAAUCACGCAUCGGUUGUAUCACGGGCUGCUGUUUUACAGAGAAACUUUAUCCGUACUUCUGCCCUCAGCCGAAUAAUAAUGGAAAAAACUCCGUCCCUCUCAUCAUUACACCUGUACCUCAAACUCACUAG